GUCAAGAAGACAAGACAGCUCCUUAUUAAAUAAUAAAGUAUUUUUAUUAUUUUUAAAGUUCCAUAAAUCCAUGGUAAAAGAACCUACCCAAAGUUCAUAAACCUUUUAUUGGGAUCUAAGAACAGCCAAAAAUUAUAUAAUAAUAAGAAAAAACGAACAUGGCAUUUUCCAUAAUCAAUCGCAUUGUGGGAAGGCCAGCUGUAUCGGCUGUUCUUAGUUCAGUCAAUACAACUGCUGCUGCCGCUAUCGGAUCCACUCAAAACCGUAACGCAGCAACAUGGUAUCCCGAUCCUGAGUUCUUUAAGCAAUUCAGUGGCCCGGUUAUGUACCCAAAUGAAGCCACUGCAAUGUUGAAGCUUCCCCCAUGGAACAGUCAAAUGUCACCCGUCGAAAAGUCUGUACGCAAUUUGACUCUUAAUUUUGGACCCCAACAUCCAGCCGCUCACGGUGUAUUACGUCUUGUUUUGGAACUCGAUGGUGAGUCUGUUGUUCGUGCUGAUCCUCAUAUAGGUUUAUUGCAUCGUGGAACUGAGAAACUAAUCGAAUACAAAACAUACACUCAGGCAUUGCCAUACUUUGAUCGUCUAGACUAUGUGUCGAUGAUGUGCAAUGAACAAUGCUACUCCCUUGCCGUUGAGAAGCUUCUUAAUAUCGAAGUUCCAUUGCGAGCAAAAUACAUUCGAGUUCUAUUUGCUGAAAUAACUCGUAUUCUUAACCACAUUAUGGCUGUGGGUACCCAUGCUCUUGAUAUUGGAGCAUUGACUCCUUUCUUCUGGCUCUUCGAAGAGCGUGAGAAAAUGAUGGAAUUCUAUGAACGCGUUUCAGGUGCUCGUAUGCAUGCCGCAUACAUUCGUCCAGGUGGUGUUUCUCUUGAUAUGCCAAUUGGACUUAUGGAUGAUAUCUAUGAGUUUGCAUCCAAGUUCGCCGAACGUCUCGAUGAAGUUGAAGAUGUUCUAACAACAAAUCGAAUUUGGGUGCAGCGUACCGAAGAUAUUGGUAUCGUUUCGGCUGAAGAUGCUCUUAAUUACGGAUUCAGCGGAGUUAUGCUUCGUGGUUCUGGUAUUAAAUGGGAUUUGCGAAAGCAACAACCAUACGAUGCAUACGAUUUAGUUGAUUUUGAUGUUCCAAUUGGCAGCAAAGGUGAUUGCUAUGAUCGUUAUUUGUGUCGCGUUGAAGAAAUGAGACAAUCAUUGCGUAUCAUUGAUCAGUGUUUGAAUCAAAUGCCAGCCGGUGAAAUUAAAACUGAUGAUGCUAAGGUGACUCCGCCGUCAAGAGCUGAGAUGAAAACUUCAAUGGAAGCUUUAAUUCAUCAUUUUAAGUUGUUUACUCAAGGAUAUCAAGUGCCACCUGGUGCAACUUAUACUGCAAUUGAAGCACCAAAAGGUGAAUUUGGUGUUUAUUUGGUUGCAGAUGGAUCAAGUCGUCCUUAUCGAUGCAAGAUUAAGGCUCCAGGAUUUGCUCAUUUAGCUGCGCUAGAUAAGAUUGGAAAGAAACAUAUGUUGGCUGAUAUUGUUGCUAUUAUUGGUACACUUGAUGUUGUAUUUGGUGAGAUCGAUCGAUAAAUUUCUUUUUUAAAAUGGAAUUUUUUCAUUCGAAUUCAGCAUGAAAAUAAUAUUUUAUAGGAAAUUAUGUUGAAAUAAAGUAAAAAUAACGAAGUUAAAUCGUUGGGCUUAUUAAA